AUGUUUCUUUAUUUUUUUUUAUUCCUUGCUCUAAUAGGUACUUAUCUAAUACUGAGACCAUUGCUUAUCAUGAUCAAACUAAAAGUGUAAUUCGGUAAGCAAGUUUAUUUUUAUUACAUUCCUAUUUUGGGUGUCAUCUAAAUCUAUAGAUCAUCAGCGAAGAAAGGUAAUCCUCAAUAAUGGGUUAUUGAUAUUAUCACUAAGCAUCCUGAAGUGAAAUUGAUAGUCUCCAAUUCUGUCACUAAGCCUGUAUUCAUCAUAGUUGAUCCUGAAUAUUACAAACCACUCUAUUUAGAUCACCAUCUAUUAGUAAAACAUGAUUAAAGUGGGAUCAAGGAGUAUAUUGUCAUCUUAAACAUUAGUUUUCUUUUAAGCAAGGGUUUAUUGUUUGCAGAAGGCGAAAAGUGGAAGGAAUAAAGAUCUCUACUUGGUGACCAUUUUCUCUUUGAAAAACUCAAGGAAAGAAUCCCAAUGAUGAAUUAAGUAACAAGAGAUGCAAUAAAUAACAAAUAAACUGUAGACUAGGUAUUCUAGUAUAUUUGUUCAAUUACUGGUGGAGUUGUUAUUAGAAGUUUUUUUGGACAAGAAGCAGAAGGUUGGCUUAUAAAUGACAAGCCAGCUUAGAUUGAGUUAGGCGAAAUCUUAAAAUCUUUUGUUCUUGUUAGAUUUAGCAAUUUCUUUAUAUAUUUUAAAUAAAAACUCCUUGGAAUGAAAUCUUGGGAUUAUUUUAUUAAAUUCAAAUAAGAUCUAAACUAAAUUAUUUCAAAGAGAAAAUCCAAAAUUGAAAAAGAAGGUAGAAAAUGGGAAAAUGGAGAUUUUCUGGAUGUUUACUUAAAUAAGUUAUCCAAAUCAAAAGAUACGCAAGAAUCUUAUCAAUAUGAAACUGAAGAUAUUAUUUCUUAAUUUAUUACACUUUUCUUAGCUGGUACUGAAACAACUGGAGCAUUGGUGUCAAAUUCCUUACUUUUUCUUUCAGAAAAUACAUCAUACUUGGAAGAGUUGAGAAAUGAAGCCAAAUCAGCACUUGUUGACGGACAAGUUACUGCUGAUUCUCUAAAAAAAUUAGUUUAAUUGGAAUGCUUCUUAAAAGAAGUUAUGAGACUUAAACCAUCUGUUGUUCAUCCUAUAGUAAGAUAACCUAAAUCUGAUAUUCAAAUCAAAGAUCUUUUUAUCAAAAAAGGCUCCUAUAUUCUUUUAGGCAGCUUUUUGGCUAAUAUCAAUUCAAAUCAUUAUGAAAAACCAUUAGAAUUCAAUCCAAAGAGAUGGUUGCAAUCAAAGCCAAUCUAAAUAGACAAUGGUUUCGUAAACAUUCCUUUUGCUGCUGGAGGCAGAAAUUGCAUAGGAUAACAUAUGGCCAUGAUCGAAGCAAGAAUUAUAUUGGCUCACGUUAUCCUAAAUUAUGAUGUAAUUAAGAACCCAGAAUUAACCAAAGUCAAUUGGUUAUCAAGAGGAAUUUAAACAUAUUUACCUGAUGAUGCUAUACGACUUAAAAAAUUAGAGUGA